CUGCCUGCCACGCUGCCUGCUGGCUUAAAUCGCUCAUAGACUGUAUAAUAUUCCCACAACAUUACGCAUUCAUUGCAUUUUUCUUGAGCUGCAAUGUCGACUAAACUUUUAUCUGUGAACAGCACAGUUUUCAAAUGUUUGAAAACCUUCCAACAGCGCUCGGCACGUGGGUUUAGUGUCGGAGAUGCUUCCCUUGGUUCAGUGAAUUUAAAGGGUCGCAGCUGUCUCACUCUGAAAGAUUUCAGCUCAGAUGAAAUCAAGAGGCUGUUGUGGGUGUCAGCGGACCUAAAACAGCGGAUCAAACAUGAGAAACAGUAUCUUCCUAUUCUGAAAGGAAAGUCGCUUGCUAUGAUAACUGAGAAGAGGAGCACCAGAACAAGAAUGUCCACAGAGACAGGUUUUGCAUUGCUGGGUGGGCAUCCCUGUUUCCUCACCGCUCAGGACAUUCACCUGGGAGUGAAUGAGAGCUGCAAAGACACAGCUAGGGUUCUCUCAGGACUCUGUGAUAUUGUCUUGGCGAGAGUGAACAGCCACUCCACACUGGUGGAGCUGCAUAAGGAGGCCUCCAUCCCAAUAAUCAAUGGCCUGUGUGACCUCUACCAUCCAAUCCAGAUUCUGGCAGACUUCCUCACUUUGCAGGAGCAUUAUGGGUCCCUUAAUGGACUAACAGUGUGCUGGAUUGGAGAUGGUAACAACGUCCUCCACUCUAUUAUGAUGGCUGCAGCUAAAUUAGGAGUUCAUCUGAAGAUUGCCACACCAAAGGGGUAUGAGCCACACAAGAAUGUUACUCAAGAGGCUGAAAGAUUAUCCAAAGAGCAUGGGACUCAGCUUGUUAUUACCUCUGACCCAAUGGAAGCCGCCCACGGCUGCAAUGUUUUGGUCACCGACGUCUGGGUCGGCAUGGGAAAGGAGGCGCAGAAGGAAAAGAUGCUCAAAGACUUUAAAGGUUACCAGAUUACAAUGCAGACAGCAAGUGUGGCCAAACCAGACUGGACCUUCAUGCACUGUCUCCCCCGGAAAGAGGAAGAGGUGAAUGACGAGGUAUUCUACUCAUCCCGCUCCCUCAUCUACUCCACAGCAGAGAAUAGAAAGUGGACAAUCAUGGGUUUGAUGGUGUCUCUUCUGGCUGACUACACUCCACAGAACCCCAUGCCCAAGUUUUAAAUUCAAGUCAUAGGUGCAGUUUUAUUUGCAUGACAUAUGACAAUGUCAGAUAUCACCCAUUGAUGGCACCAUUACAACACUAGAUAUGUUACCACAAAUUAAUCAGUUUAAUGUUUAAUUCACUUUCUUAUUUAUGCAUCAAAGGCAUUGUUUGCCUUGUCUCAGUGUUAAAUCAUAGGUCAAAGUUAUCUGUUUACAUUUUAUCUGUUCUGUGAUAGAAAGUAAGCAUUGCAGCGAGCAUUAGGUAGACAAGUGGAACUGCUUUGCUAGACAUAUUACUGUAAAGAAAAAGAUUUCUUGAACUUGUUCAUGUUGUCUUGCAUUGACAAUAUUCUCCAACAGCAUUGAAAAGGAGCUGACCAAUCGCAUUCAUUGUAAUCUCCACAUGGUAUUUAUGUGGCCGCUGUAACCCUGACAUGUAGUUGUAUUUUUUAAGAAAUGCACAUCAAUCGCUGUGCAUUUAAUUAAAAAAAAGGAUAAAUCCAGCUUUACUGCAAAAUGCUUUGUUUACGCCACACUUCUAAAGGAUCGCACUACUGUUUUAUAUGAAACAAAUCACAUGUGCUGAACUUUAAAUACAUUUUACAUUAUUGAAUCGGUGUGGUAAGAAAAUCAAUUUGUAAACAGUUGUUAACUGACAUGAUGCAUGAUUAUAUUAUAGUAGUAAAGAUCACAAAUAUUUCAUAAUUCUCAAAGUUGGGUUCAAAUUGUAUGGUAUGGGCAUUCUGUUGAUCUUUGUUGCUUUGUUGUUCUUUCUUCCACCACUGUCACUUGUUUGUUAAGAAAAUAAAUACAAAAAUGACAAAAGA